AUGAUAACCUCUCAUCAGAGCAGUCAAGUGGUCAGGUUGAACAAUGUCCAUUUUCAUUUCAAAUUGACAUCUGAUUACAUUCACAUUUUGGCAGACCUGAUUCAGACUGAAGAUGCUCCUCAACCAAUACCAGUGACUACUCGUCUAUUUGGAGACAAUAUAUCUUUGCCAUGUCCUAAAGCAGAAUCUCAACAAUUGCUGUACUGGUACAGACAAACUGUUGGCCAACUGCCCCAUCUUGUCGCAUCUGUAUCCUAUGCAUCAGAACCUGUACUUAAUGGAGAGUUUAAGAACCCACGUUUCAAAGUGGAGACAUCUGAAUAUGUGUAUAAUCUCAUUAUCAGAAAUAUCAGCACAUUAGAUGAGGCAACAUACUUUUGUGGAAUUGGGACAAUGUAUGGGAUGGACUAUGGACAUGCAACAUUUUUGGCUGUGAAGGGACACAAUCACCCUACAUUGGUGCAGCAACCAGUUUCUGAUCCAGUCCAUCCAGGAGACUCUGUGACUCUACAGUGUACAGUACUCUCUCAGACCUGUACAGGAGAACACAGUGUGUACUGGUUCAGAGCCGGAUCAGGAGAAUCCCAGCCUGGAGUCAUUUACACCCCUGGGAACUUGAGUGAUGCGUGUAAGAAGAACCCUGAGACUCCCUCUCCUACACAGAGCUGUGUCUACAGCCUCUCCAAGAACAACCUCAGUCUCUCUGAUGCUGGGACUUACUACUGUGCUGUGGCCACAUGUGGGGAGAUCCUGUUUGGCAACGGAACAAACCUAAAUAUUGAAAGAUCACUGGAUCAUGUAGUCAUUGGACUGGGAGUGACAUCAGUUUUCUGUGUGAUUGUGAUCAUUAUACUCGUCUUCAGCAGAAAUACAAAGCCAAUUUCUGAACAUUAUAAAGUGAGUGUUGCUCAGCAUAUUAGACAUGACAACUCAACCACUGAAUAUGAUCAGGAUCAAGACCCAGAUACCCUGAAUUAUGCUGCAUUGCAUUUCUCUGAGAGGAAAACUGAAAGAGGAAGAAAGAAGAGAGAGACACCACAGGAGAGUGUGUACUCUGAUGUCAGAGUAGACUGGGACUGAACGUUGUUUUUAUGUGCAGAGGAAUGGAUGUAGUUUGGUCAAUAAACUUUUCUUAAUAUAUAAUGUAUUUAAACAGUCAUGAUAUUUUACCCUUAAUGAUACAGUGACAUUUUCUGUCAAGCAAGACAGUGGCAGAAUUUUCCCUAUACCCAUCAUGAGGUUAUUACAACCUAGCCUAUGAAUGAAAGUUUACAAAAUAGGUGCACACAAGUCCAGAUAAAGAUUUGAGGUGACAGACACUGACACAUGGACAGAAAGGGACACAUUCAAUACCGCCUUGCACACUUUUGCCUGCAUCUAGCUGAUCCAGUGUGUCAUCGUUAGUCCAACAGUUACAAACUGGAAAAAUUCAGAUAUAUUAUUACCUGAAUUUAUUAUAGUUUCGUUCCAUUUGCUUCCGUUGAAGAUUUUUUUUAACAGAAUCUGAGGAAUGAAUACACCACUGUUCACACUCAAACAGCUCACUUUCAUAACCACAUACAAACAGCUUGUUGGACUAUGAACUUCAAUGCACAACACAUCAGCUGUCUGUGACCAGGUGAAAAAACCUUUCCAAACCGAUCAUUCAUGUCAUAACCGCUACAUACAGCACACAUCGUUGUCAUCAUAUUAGUUAAAAGUAACGUCAUAGUCAGCAUAGCUAAUAGAACUAACAAGAUAUUUAACCCGCUACAAUGAUGCAGUACAAUGUACAGUCAGUAAGCAGAUUAGCACUUACACCAAAUUAGUAAAACCAAAAGCUUACCUUUACUUGAAAGAGUUCCAAUUUUGCAUAGUUAAAGCCAGCUAACUAACAUAGCAUCCCUCUGUUUGAUCUGGGUGUUUGAGUAGGCAAAACUAGCUAGCUGCAUUUGCUAGCUAAGUAAAUGAAAGUGAAAGUGAAAAAAAUACCAAAUAUAUAUCUCUCUCUCCCAAUCCUCAUUCAUUUUUUUUAAGAAAGUAAUUUGUUUAAAACUGUUAAACUAUUGUCUUUCUCUCUCUUUGAGUCAGCUACUCACCACAUGUUAUGCAGUGCAGUGCUAGCUAGCUGUAGCUUAUGCUUUCAGUAAUAGAUUAAUUAUCUUAUCCGUUGGUUGGGUGGACAAAAUUUAAGUUAAUGCUACAAGACCUCUGAUGAGUUGGAAGAUGUCCUCCGGAAGUUGUCACAAUUACUAUGUAAUUAAACAUGA